CCGGAGCCCGUCCUGGUCUCAAGUAGGAAGCUCGUGCGCUGCACCCGCAGCUGAUCCGGGCGCUCCGGGGAAGGCGAGAUUGGAGCAGAGCGGCCGGGCGCCGGUGCCGGAGCGAGCGCGGCGCGCAUCGCUGGUCGGAGCUGCUGUGGGUGAGCUGCUGUGGUCUGUAGCCAAGCAUGCUGUGGUCGGAUCUGCCCAGCCGUGGAACAGAAACAUUUGCUGGAUGGAAAAUCCAUAAAAGAAAGCUCCUGUGAAAGCCGGAGACAGACAGUAACUUAAGCAAAAUCAGAUAUUUGGGCUGCUUGACCUCAUUGUGUGAUUGCUAUGAAUUAACAAGACUUUGUGGGAAAAGGGAACUUGCCUUUUGAGCUUUGUACCAAAGACCUGGGAAAAAACUAACCAUCUCAGUCUUUCCUGAGUACUUGGAAACUGCCGAGGCCCCUGCUAAUGUGCUGACUGGUCGCUAUGGGCAGACGGUACCCGGAGGCUCACUGUCACCCAGGCAGCUCAUCUGACUCAGGUGUAGACACUUUGGCAGUGUUUAUGGCCAGCAGCGGAACCACAGACAUCACGAAUCGGAACAGUCCAGCCACACCACCAAAUACCCUUAAUCUCCGUUCCUCCCACAAUGAACUGUUGAAUGCUGAAAUAAAACACACGGAAACCAAGAACAGCACACCCCCCAAAUGCAGGAAAAAAUAUGCACUAACUAACAUCCAGGUGGCAAUGGGCCUCUCCGACCCGGCUGCACAGCCUCUGCUGGGAAACGGCUCUGCCAACAUCAAGCUGGUGAAAAAUGGCGAGAACCAGCUCCGGAAGGCUGCAGAACAAGGGCAGCAGGACCCCAACAAAAACGUCAGCCCCACUGCAGUCAUCAACAUAACUUCUGAGAAGUUAGAGGGCAAAGAGCCCCACCCACGUGAUUCCUCAGGCUGUGAAAUUUUACCCUCCCAACCCAGGAGAACCAAGAGCUUCCUAAAUUACUAUGCAGACCUGGAAACCUCCACCAGAGAAUUCGAGCAGAACUUAGGCAACGAGCACGGGGGUGUGGAAGAGAAGCCCCAGCCGGGCCAGGACCAGGCCUCCACCGUCAUCGGGAAUGGCGAAGCACUCCCACAGAAGCCAAACAAAGCCCAGUUCAGCCCCGAAGACGGUCAAGUGGCCACCGUGUCAUCCAGCCCAGAGACCAAGAAGGAUCAUCCCAAAACGGGGGCCAAAACCGACUGCGCCCUGCACCGGAUCCAGAACCUGGCACCGAGCGAUGAGGAGUCCAGCUGGACGACACUGUCCCAAGACAGCGCCUCACCCAGUUCCCCGGAUGAAACAGCAGAUAUAUGGAGUGAUCACUCCUUUCAGACCGAUCCGGAUUUGCCGCCUGGCUGGAAGAGAAUCAUUGACGUCGCUGGGACCUAUUAUUGGCACAUACCAACAGGGACCACUCAGUGGGAGCGCCCUGUCUCCACCCCCGCAGAUCUCCAUGGUUCUAGAAAAGGGUCACUUAGUUCUGUAACGCCAUCUCCUACCCCAGAGCACGAGAAACAGCCAUGGAGUGAUUUUGCUGUUCUGAAUGGGGGAAAGAUUAAUAGUGACAUUUGGAAGGAUUUGCAUGCAGCUACAGUUAACCCGGACCCCAGUUUAAAAGAGUUUGAAGGAGCGACACUCCGCUAUGCAUCUUUGAAACUCAGAAAUGCCCCCCAUGCUGAUGACGAUGAUUCCUGCAGUAUCAAUAGUGACCCAGAAGCCAAGUGUUUUGCUGUGCGUUCCCUGGGAUGGGUGGAAAUGGCAGAGGAGGACCUCGCCCCUGGUAAAAGCAGCGUUGCCGUCAACAACUGCAUCAGGCAGCUUUCUUACUGCAAAAAUGACAUCCGGGAUACGGUCGGCAUCUGGGGAGAGGGAAAAGACAUGUACCUGAUCCUGGAGAAUGACACACUCAGCCUGGUGGACCCCAUGGACCGCACCGUGCUCCAUUCCCAGCCCAUCGCGAGCAUCCGUGUGUGGGGCGUGGGCCGCGACAACGGCCGAGAGAGAGAUUUUGCUUACGUAGCAAGAGACAAAGAUACGCGAAUUUUGAAAUGUCAUGUAUUUCGAUGUGACACACCAGCAAAAGCCAUCGCCACAAGUCUCCACGAAAUCUGUUCCAAGAUUAUGGCCGAACGGAAGAAUGCCAAAGCCCUGGCCUGCAGUUCCUUACAGGAAAGAACCAAUGUGAAUCUCGACGUUCCCUUGCAAGAUUUUCCAACACCAAAGACUGAGCUGGUCCAGAAGUUCCACGUGCAGUACUUGGGCAUGUUACCCGUAGACAAACCCGUCGGAAUGGAUACCCUGAACAAUGCCAUAGAAAGUCUUAUGACCUCAUCUAACAAGGAGGAUUGGCCGUCAGUGAACAUGAAUGUGGCCGAUGCUACUGUGACUGUCAUCAGUGAAAAGAAUGAAGAGGAAAUCUUAGUGGAGUGCCGCGUGCGAUUCCUGUCCUUCAUGGGCGUCGGGAAGGAUGUUCAUACAUUUGCCUUCAUCAUGGACACCGGGAACCAGCGUUUCGAGUGCCACGUUUUCUGGUGCGAGCCUAAUGCGGGUAACGUGUCUGAGGCGGUACAGGCCGCCUGCAUGUUACGAUACCAGAAGUGCUUGGUAGCCAGGCCGCCUUCACAGAAAGUUCGACCACCUCCUCCGCCAGCAGACUCAGUGACCAGAAGAGUCACAACCAAUGUAAAACGAGGGGUCUUAUCCCUCAUUGACACUUUGAAACAGAAACGCCCUGUCACAGAAACGCCAUAGCUGCAUAUGCUACAGGAUUCUGUAAUAGUUACCUGAAGAUUGAAUAGCUACACUAAAGAAGAUGAACUGAUAUCUGGCCUUCCAUUCAGUUGCUGAUGCUUUGUCUUCAGAGAAUUUAUCCUUAACCAAACAGUGUUAGACAAGCAUGUUCUCUCGUCUUGCCACCAUCAUGUGAUAUGAAAAGAAGCAUGACUAAUUUUUUUUGCUAUCAGUAAGAUACAUCAUGAGCAGUGGAAGGUCUUUUUCUUAUUGUAAAUAUCGUGAACAUUAACUUCACACACACGGAGAAGAAUGUGGCCACACCCCUCCUAGUGAACUAACGCUGAGUCCUUGGAGUGAAUGACGCCUGAGUUAGUUUCACUGUCUUCUUGACUGGAUCUGUCACAAGCAAUGUUUAAGUCCUGCAGCACUUGGCCCUGUUGCCAACACUGGAGUAGCCACUGCGUACCAGAUACCAUUGAACUGCUGUAAAACUAGGAUGAUGGGUUUUAGUUGCAGUCUUUCAUGAAAUUGAACCUUUGGGUUGACAGAAUUGGCUGUUGGCAUCAGUACAGAAACCAACCGGCAGCUUUCCUUGACAAGCCCUUUGACACAUGGACACCAUUUCAUGUCUGCAGCUGUUUUGUGGGAUGUUGGGGAAAAAGUGAAACUUGAGAAUUGAAAAACAAACCAAAUUUGAGAGAUUAAAAUUGAACAAAAAAGAGCCUUUCUUUCUAGACGGUUUUCAAACUGAUGAUUAAAAACAAGAAAGAUUUAAGAAAAUCCUAAUGCAUUUCGGGUAGGACAUGUUUCAAACUUCUGCCUUAUAUUGUACAGUGCAGCUAGAGAAUUAUAGUUCACUCUGGCCAUUCUCUACAUAAACAUUAAAAUGAAACCUUCCUCGUACGCCUUUUAUCCUUAGUUUGUUAAUUAGCCAAUAUGCAAUUUGGAGUUGAGGAAAUGUCAUUUAUAUUUUGGAUCUCCACCACCACAUUAUUUUGUUGGUCCGCCUCCUAGUGAAACCCACUAGGAUUCUGUAUCUAGCUCAGUCUCACCCUAAUGCUUUUUGCCCAGAAAGCUGUCUGUCCAUCAUGUAUUGUCCAUGGCAACAAAUUACAUUAAAUUUGAACCUUUUGAAUUUGUGUAUUUAAUAUUGGGAUUUGUUGGACUUUACUAGAUAUAUUUUUAAAUUUAUAUCUUUUCCAUUUUUUCAAGAUUUAAAAAUUUCGUAUCAGAGCAAAAUAAACAUAGCAACAACGGACUGCUUAACAAGUUUCCCCAAAAUAGCAGUUUCCUGCUUCACGUUUCUCACGUACUUACAAAGAUACUCAGAUUUAGACUCUUGUUGACAUUGUUGUUUUAAAAGGAAGUUGCUAAGGAGACCAAUCUAAAUAUUAGUCUUAUUUGCUUCUUUAUGUCAAAAUUAAUGCGUUAAGAACAUCCGGUUUCAAAAGGAGCACUUUAUGUACCCACUGCUGUGUACUUGUCAAUGGUUUCCACAUUCUUACCACAUUUGAGCCUUACAAGGUAGGGAAAGGUACUAAACACAUUUGAGAAAUAAAAAUAUAAAGUACCAAGAGGCUCAGUCACCUUGCCUAAGAUCUCUCGAAAGUUUGUGAGAGAGCCGGGACAAGAGCCCACGCUUCCCAACUCUGUUAUAAGUUACACUGCUUUUACAUCGGUGAGGAAGAGUCUUUCCAAAAUUACUCUGGGCAUAUCUAGUUAUUGUCAGGAAAUCUUAGAAUUCCCUGUAGAAGGCGGGAAAUACGUCCCAAUUACUCACGCAGUGAUACUAAUCAUAAAACCAUCGCCCUCUCUCAGUCCAGGACUGUUUUCCUGCAGUGUGCCUCAAGUGUGUUGUAGAGGACAGGAUUCUACACGCUGUGCGGCCUGUUCAACUUACAAGGUUUUCCAGAGAUGAUGUUACUUGUGAUAGACACAUUCCUAACUCAUGGUACUUAGCCACCAGAGAACACGAUGGAGCAGGUGGCCUUCUGCUAUUCCCUCAGAACUCUGGAACUGUUUGCUAGCACCCUGGUGUUAUGACCAAAAUGAUGCCACUCUAGAAAUGAAUUCUACUUCUCACCAGCCUAUAUGCUAUUCUAUCUGAAGUAACCAGUGCCAUCAUAAGAAAUUAUUGCAUUAAGAAAGUCCUUACUGUGCCCUUUGAAAAGCUGUUCAAAAUUCAAUCAUGAUGAUGUUUCAUCUCGAGCUCCACAAUGAAAGGUUUUAGUGUGAUAAAAAUUCUGAACAGGUCAUCCACUUUUAUAUUGGAAAUCUCUACCCGAACCCACCGUUCAUUUUCUAAGGCAUACAUUUGUUUGUUUUCAGGAUCAAGAAUACUGAGCUAGCUUUAAGUAGCAAACUGAUUUAUAUAUGCAAUUAUAGGAUGCAUUAAGACGAACGAUAGCCUUUACAUAUUGAAAACUUUACUGCAGAUAUUUUGUUUUGAAAAUAGCUUUGCAUACUAAAUGCAAUUAAUUUUGUAAAAUUGAUUAUGUUAAACAGUACGUUCAGACACUUUCUGCCAUGGCCAAAAAGUAUGUAUGAAAGUAUGUGUGUAUUUUCCUGUGUGCGGAUGCCGGUGUUUUACCUGAUAUUGUGGUGACAUUCAGUUAUCUAUGCAUUCUUUGUAUCUGUGACUCGGUAAACAGGCAGCCAUGUUCACUAUGCCUUGUAUGUCUUAUCAUUUUUUUAAUUAACCUGUUAAAUACAGCUUAAGAUAUUUUUAUUUUAUUUAUUCUAUUUUUACUGAAAUAUACUGCAUUAUCGUGUUAAUGUAUUCUCUUUACUGGAUAGUAUCUCACAAGGUAUCCAGGCCUAAGUAAUCUCAGUGAACUAUACGUUGCCGAAAAGGUGGUUUUGUAAUGAUUUGUAGACACAUUUUUAUUGGACUAUGUAGAAGAAAUGGCAACAUGCUUAAAGUUCCUUUUAUUUUUUAAAAGCAGCUAGAUAGACGCAGACCGGCCACCUCAUAUAUGCGCCUCUUGGCAGCCUCAAGGGGAAGAGCCAACACGCCUGUGGCAAACCUAAAGCACCGCUUGGGGCUGUGUGUUUAUGUCCUUCCCAACACCUGUCAUCUCCUCUAGGCGACAGACCCGUGCCCACAAGCCCUCUGUUCACCUGGAUAGAAGACCACCCGUAGCUAAUUAGGACCACUGUUGUUCGUUCGUGUCUGUCUGACUGCAUGAGGGGACAUUAGACCCAUCUCCGCUAAAAUUCGUUCCUGGUGAGAAACUGUUGGCACCGCUACUUUGUCAAAGAGCCACUCCGAUCUCAGGACGGAGUAGAGAUUGGUAAGGUGAUUCCACACAAGGUCACCUACUCGAAAGCCCUAAAUCUUUCCUCCUUUUCUCGUAUGACACACGCAUUUCAUUAAGCAUUGCAACACAGAUUCAAGGUUUCACAAACAUGAAAAACAUCUCUCUGAGACGAGCACAAUGUAGCCAGUAAAACCAUUAGCUCUCUAGUUUGCCAGGCUUCCUUAACCUGAUACCCAGAUGACGUGUGUGUUAUACAGCCAGUAAAAUGAAGUUCAAUUUAUUUCAGCUUCAGAGAAAAGAUUCCACUCACACCCGAUCAGUGAGAGCACUCCCUGCCACCCAAAGCGGCUUGUUUAUCCUGAAAGAACGUUUGGUUUUGCUUUCGGCCCCGUUUGCUGUUGACCACUUUGACACAUUUAAAUGUAAUAUGUUGUGAGAAUAAACUUAGCUGCAUAAAA